AUGGAGCAGCACACCCUCCGCCGCCGAGGCCUCGGUCUCCGCGGUGUCGACGAACAACGAGUCUCCCCCGGUUACGUCCUCUACUCUCCUCUUACCUCAAACACGGCCCAUCUCGUCUCAACUUCCGGUAAAGAAGUUCACCGUUGGACUCUUCCCCACCGCGCUGGUCGGCAUUCCCGCAUUCUACCCAAUGGAUCCCUGGCAUACAAUGGCGUCCACCCGGAUGCUCCCCGGCUGUUCCCCAUGUGGGCCAAGUAUCGCGGCGGCGUCAUGAUACAGGUUGAUCCGUCGGGCAUGAUUCUUCGACAGUAUUCUGAUCCUUACGCCCAUCAUGACCAGAAUCAUCUCGAUGAUGGAACGCUGCUCUAUACCACCCUUGAACCUCUCACGGCUGAAGAAGCGGCUCGUGUGCGUGGCGGUAUUCCCGGCAGUGAAGCACCCGGAGGUAUCAUCUACGGUGACUGCAUUAGGCUGGUUGAUCCCUGGUCUGUCUCCAAUACAUCCUCCUCGGCCGACUUUGAUGGGGGCAAUGGGACUGGUGGUGCCAAGCUGCUUUGGUCCUGGCGGGCGAUUGACCAUCUCGAUCUCGAGGCUUUCGCCGCUCACCCACACUACGCACGCGAACACUGGCCUCUGAUCAACAGUGUCAGCUUUGACUCGGAGGGAAACAUCAUCGCCUCGACACGCAAUGCCUCCGGAGUCUUCAUCAUCAGCCGAAAGACCGGAGAAGUUCUCUGGCAUUUGACCGCGCCAACGGUGUGCCAGCAACACUGCGCACACCAAAUCAAUUCAGCAGGGGACAUUCUCAUCCUCGAUAACGGCGUCUUUAGACCUGAGAUUUCCGUGCCGUUUUCACGGGCUAUCAUUGUCUCGCGCCAUAAGCAGAUCAAGUGGGAAUACAAGGAUACAACGACUGGUGGUCUGGGUUUCUUUACUCCGUUUAUGGGGUCGGCGCAGAAAUUGGAGAAUGGGAACGUGUUGAUUUGUGAGGCGGCUACUGGUCGGAUUAUUGAGGUUACUGAGGGUGGUGAGGUGGUGUGGGAAUUUGCUGUUCCGCAGUUGCAGGAUUACAAGGCUGUUAUGAGUAAGGAUGAACUGGAGGAGAUGGAGAGGAUUGGGUUUUCGAAUCAGAGUAAUGCUAUCUUCAGGGCUUAUAAGUAUCGGCCUGAGCAGGUACCUUGGGUGAAGGAAAACUGA